UUAAGAAUCACGUGUGUCUUUCUAUUCGGAAUGGCACAAAAUAUAAAUCCAUUCUAUUCAUCUCAAAAUGCUCCAAGUAAAGCUGCAGAAGAAAAACAGAAUAUACCAAAAGAUAACCAUGCAGUUAGUAAACGGUUGCAAAAGGAGCUAAUGGUUUUAAUGAUGAGUACAGAGAAAGGUGUUUCUGCCUUUCCAGAUGGAGAAAAUUUAUUCAAAUGGAUAGGAACUAUUAUAGGACCACAGGAUACAGUUUAUGCUGGUCUUACAUAUAAAUUAACUUUAGAAUUUCCACAUAGUUACCCAUAUAGUGCUCCAAUUGUACGUUUUGCUACUCCUUGUUUUCAUCCAAAUGUGGAUGCUGUAGGUAAUAUUUGUUUGGACAUAUUAAAAGAUAAAUGGAGUGCUUUAUAUGAUGUGCGUACUAUAUUAUUAUCUAUACAAUCUCUUCUUAGUGAACCUAACAAUGAAAGUCCUCUCAAUCCACAAGCAGCAAAACUAUGGAGUGAUCAAACUAAAUAUAAAAAACAUUUAACAGAAGAAUAUCACAGAGCUCUAAAUGGUGACCAACAAGAUUCAUGAUAAGUGCAUUUUUAUAAUGAUCUUGUUCAUUAUUUUUAUUUCUAUGAAUGUUACAAUUAAGAAUAGGAUAUAGAAAACAAACUGCACUGAAUUUAUGUACUUUGUUAUUGAAAAUUUAAUCUUCUAUUAUCUUUUGCACUUGUAUGCUGUAUCAUGCAAAACAACAUACAAAUAUCUUUUAUAUUGUUCAUCACAAUCAUGUCUGUUACAUAAUUUCGUCAGUCUGUCUUAAAGAUGUAUAGAAAUUUGUAUCAUGCUUUUAAGACUGUAUAUGCAGAUUAAACAUUUUUAUAUCGUCAA